AUGCAAUCUAAUUUAUACAAUGACGAUAGUAAAUUUUAUAAGAAAGCCGCGAAAUACUGGGCUAAUGUACCGGCAACAAUAGACGGAGUACUCGGAGGCUACGGCUAUAUUUCGGGCAUUGACAUCGACGGUUCUAAAGUAUUUUUAAACCACAUACUAUCUCUAGUCAAUCCACCGAACAGAAAACUGGCCUUGGAUUGCGGAGCCGGUAUCGGAAGAGUGAGCAGAAAUCUUUUAAUGCCUUAUUUCCUGAAGGUCGAUUUAGUGGAACAAGACGAAAAGUUCAUUAACACCGCGAAACAAUUGAUCGGUGAAUACAAUACUAAAUUAGGUACACUCUACCAAAUCGGUCUCCAUCAUUUUAAGCCACAAAAACAAUAUGACGUCGUCUGGUGCCAGUGGGUAUUAGGGCAUUUGAGCGAUUACGAUUUAAUAAACUUUUUGGAGCGGUGUAGCAACAAUCUAGCAAGACGCGGCGUCAUUGUUGUAAAAGAGAACAUAUCUCCGUCAGACGAAGUCGAAUAUGACGAAGACGAUUCUUCGGUGACACGCCCUUACAGAUCAAUGUUAAAUAUAUUCGAGGAAGCGAAUCUUUCUUUAAUAAAAAGUGAUUUACAAACUGGUUUCCCGGACGGUUUGUAUCCCGUUCAUAUGUUUGCACUUACACCAUUAAAGUAGUUGGCGAAAUAUAAAAUACAUCCGUUAUUGCUCUGAAUUUAACGAUAUUACCUAACAGUACAUAAUUAUUCGACACGGAAAUCAAUCGGUGAUCAAUCAAAC